CGUCACGUCAGUGUGUAAUGACGUGAUAAAUGUCACCACUGAUAAUUUCAAUAAAAAUAUCAUUUCUGUUUUGAAUUAUUGGUUGUAAAGUGCGUACGAAUUUUAAUACUAUUUUUAUUUUAUAGUAAGAGUGUGGUGCGUGGUAUUUUAAUAAAUUUUCAUGGAAAUCAGUGGCCUAUAUUCGAAACAGUUAUGUAAUUAGUCAAUUUCAAAUGCUCGCAACAUGUUGCAGUCCACUUUUCAAAAUAUAUAAGAUUUUGGAAAAUCUCUCUUGGUAGUUGAACUACCAAAAUUUAGGAAGUACUUUGUUUAACAGACAGAAAAAAAAUGACUUACAACAUUGACUGGAUCAUUCCGAAGUUAAGGAGCCCUACGAGUUUGUGGAAAAUCGCCAGUACCCUUACCGUCGUCGCAGUUGGUCUUUUUAGCAAAAUUUUAAUCCAUUUAUUAAAUAGAACUAAAGUGCAUAAUAAGAAUAUAAUAAACAAUGUAUUAGAGAAUAGGCCUAAACAAGUUCCUUUAAUUACAGUAUCAAACCACCAUUCAUGUUUUGACGAUCCUGGAAUAUGGGGUACUUUGAGGUUAAAGCAUCUUCUCAAUUCCCGGGUGAUGAGAUGGUCUUUGGCUGCCCAUGACAUAUGUUACACUUGUGCGCAACACGCUUAUUUUUUUAGUUUAGGAAAAUGUAUACCUGUUAUUAGAGGCAAUGGUGUCUAUCAAGAUGCUGUAGAUUUUUGUAUAGAACAAUUGGCUAAAGGCAGCUGGGUUCAUGUUUUUCCAGAAGGAAAAGUAAACAUGACAAAAGAAAAUAUGAGACUGAAAUGGGGGUGUUGGCAGAAUGGUCUACGAAUCACCCAUAACGCCGAUAAUAGUACCGAUAUGGCACAUAGGCAUGGACGAAGUUUUGCCUAAUGAGCCCCCUUAUAUACUGAAAUUCGGCAAAAAUCUUACAUUCAACUACGGCCAACCUUUGGAUUUGUCCGAAAUGGUGGCAACGUUGAAAGCCCAAAAUGCGUCAGAUGAACAAGCCAGGAAGCAAAUUACGGAUUUCUUGCAAGAAACCCUGUUGAAAUUAAAGGAACAAACCGAAGAAUUACAUGUAAAAAAUUUUAAGAUCAAGUCAUGAUAGUGAUCUAAAACUAG